AUGCUGGUGAUCUGAGUGGGAGGUCACUCCACAGCUCUCUUCUCUCGAUCCAGUCCGGCCACAGGUCGAUUCACCCUUCCACCAGCAUGGCUUACCACCGGCACUCAGGUCCCAGCAGCUACACCGUGGGCACCAUGUCCGAGCGUUUUGACUGCCACUAUUGUCGCGCCGCACUGCACGGGAAGAAAUAUGUGCAGAAGGAAGGACGCCAUUGCUGUGUCAAGUGCUUUGAGAAGUUCUGCGCCAACACCUGUGCCGAGUGCCGGAAGCCCAUUGGGGCCGAUUCCAAGGAGCUGCACUUCAAGAACCGCUACUGGCAUGACAACUGUUUCCGCUGCUUCAAGUGUUACACAUCCCUGGUGAACGAGCCCUUCAUGCUGAAGGAGAACAACAAGGUGUGGUGUAACAAAUGCACCACCAACGAGGAUGCUCCUAAAUGCAAAGGCUGCCUGAAGCCCAUUGUGGCAGGUGAUCAGAACGUGGAAUACAAGAAGACCGUCUGGCACAAGGAAUGCUUCCUUUGCAGCCAGUGCAAGCAAGUGAUUGGCACUGCCAGCUUCUUUCCCAAAGGAGACGAGAUCUAUUGCGUUUCCUGCCACGAACAUAAGUUUGCCAAGAAUUGCGUGAAGUGCAAGAAUGCCAUCACUUCCGGAGGCGUCUCCUACCAAGAUCAGCCUUACCACGCUGAGUGCUUUGUGUGCGCCACUUGCACCAAGAAGCUGGGUGGACAACGCUUCACCGCGGUGGAAGACCUGUUCUACUGCGUGGACUGCUACAAAUCUUUCGUGGCUAAGAAAUGCAAUGGUUGCAGGAACCCCAUUACAGGCUUUGGAAAAGGCACCAACGUGGUGAGCCAUGAAGGCCACUCCUGGCACGAGUACUGCUUCAACUGCAAGAAGUGCUCCAUCCCCUUGGCCAACAAGCCUUUUGUCUUCCACCUGGAGCAAGUCUACUGCCCCAACUGUGCCAAGAAGCUGUAAGGGAGGAAGGCCAAGCGAAGAGCAGAAGCAGGAACCGCUCAGCUCUUUCCUGCACAGCAGCUUGGAGAUCCCCUUCAGCUUGCAAGUGGCCUGGCUGUAGGCAUUUGCAUUGUAGCUUCCCUCCUCCUCCCCAAGCCCACCCCUCUUUUUUUGCUUUUUGAAAGGAUGUUAAGGCUCUUCUCCUCCCCCCUUCCUCUUUCCCCUCCCAAUUCCCUCCGCGGGUCAUGUCCAAUAAAGGGUUGACUAGCUGCAUCCUUGAGCUCUGCUCUCUUGCCCUCUGUGUAGAGGGGCGGGCUACAUCUUACACAUCCCACGUAGAGUCGCUCCUGGCUUUGUGCAUCUGCCGUUUAGGGGGGCUAGCAGCUCAGCAAGGGUGAAUUCACAUGGCUGCUUUUUUCAAAGCAAUUCCCCAUCUCCUUCUUCCUGGGGUACACCCCGUUUGCAAAGCCACAGAAAACAAGGAGAGGCUUGCAAGGAUCUGGUGGCUGGAGAAAACCAAAAGUUCGGGGGGGGGGGGGACUGGAUAUGAGGUGCCCAUUUUUUCUCUUGAUGUGCCCAGCCCUUAGCUUGUUACAGCCCCCUUUGUGGGCACCUCUCUUCUCUUGGACGUCCAUUGAAAACAUUCCUGGCCCACAGAGGAGACAACGCUGCUCCUGUGGGACAGCCUUCUCACUGGCUAAUUUAACUUUGGGUUCCUACGGCUGUGAUAUUGUGGUCCAAGGACCCUUUUAAUAGAUGGUGCUCGUCCCAAAUUAUUUUUGUAAACACAAUCACUAUUUUUUUUUUUUAACACAAAAUGUUUGUUGAGAGCUUCAAGGAUUUCCAUGUCUUUUACCCAAAUAUCCAUCCUACGCCUCAAUAUUGAAUUUGUCCGUGCUGAGUUACUCGAAGCAGCAAACUGGACUCUCUUCUCGUAGGUAGUUUUCAGAGAAAGUAACCUUUCUUGAAAGGUAUACAGGUAGUCCUUGAUUUACAACCAUUCGUUUAUAGGGACCGUUUUGAUGUUUCCCAGCUGGCUUCUGACAAGCAAAGCCAAGAUUCGCUCAACAACCCCGUAGCUCCCUUAAUGACCGUGGUGGUUUGCUUAAACGCCAAAAAAAGAUUGUAAAACCGGGCAUUUAAUAACUGCCUUGUUCAGCAAGGAAAAGUCUGAUCCCCUACUCUGGUUGUAAACCAAGGACUACCUGUAGAUCGAAGUGGCCAUCUGACUCCACCCUACAAUCUGCUAGUUCAGACAAAGGUUCGGUGCUUUUCUUCGGUUUGCAUCCACGUUAAUCCACAUGAGACAUUGCAAAAAAAAAAAAACCCUUUUCCUUGCCUCUGACGCAGAGAAUGAGCGCAUCAUAGGUAGCUUAUUUUAACCAGCAUUUUAACUCCCAGGAACAGCCACUGCUGACUUUAGAAUAACCUUAUUUAGCCAUCGAUUUUAAUACUUUUAACUGCUGGAAAGCGAAAAGCAAGUCGCUUUGAUUCAUCCUCAAAACGGGCCUUUUGUCGACUUGGGCAUUGUUCUCAGCCCGAGAUGUGGCACAGGAGCUCCCCGGGCAGGUUCAAAGAUAAGGGUGAUGAAACUGCAAUUCUUGUUCUUGUACCAAGGCCUUUCCUUCAAUAAACAGGAAGUUACUGCUUA